GAAGAGAACUGGCCGUCGAUGUCGGAGCGAAGCCGUCCGGGUGGGUUGCGGCAGCAAUGAGGUUAUUUACACUUUCGGUUUGAGAGCAGAGCGCUUUAUCCACAUGAAAGGUGGGCCGCCGUGUCGCAGAGGGAUUUAUCCGAGUGAGUGUGCGAGUAAGAGUCCGGCCCCGCCAUGACCACGGCGGUGUUUUUCGGCUGCACCUUCAUCGCCUUCGGCCCCGCCGCGGCUCUCUUCCUCUUCACCAUCGCCCGGGAUCCGCUGCGGGUCAUCUUCCUCAUCGCCGGCGCCUUCUUCUGGCUGGUGUCGCUGCUGCUGUCCUCGCUGGUCUGGUUCAUCGCCGUGCAGGCUAGUAACAAGGAAAGCGCCUCGCAGCAGAAGGGCCUGCUCGUCUUCGGCGUGGUGCUCUCCGUCCUCCUGCAGGAAGUCUUCCGAUUCGCCUACUACAAACUGCUAAAGAAAGCAAACCAAGGCUUGCUUGCUCUUAGUCAGGAAGACACCAUGCCCAUAUCGGUGCGUCAGCUGGCCUAUGUGUCUGGCCUGGGGUUUGGGUUCAUGAGCGGGUCCUUCUCGGUGGUCAACAUUCUGGCCGACUCCUUGGGUCCGGGCACAGUGGGCAUCCAUGGCGACUCUCAGCACUAUUUCAUCUCUUCAGCCUUCAUGACGAUGGCCAUCAUCCUCCUGCACAUGUUCUGGGGGGUGGUCUUCUUCGAAGCCUGUGAGAAGCAGAAGUGGUUGUCCGUGGCCGUGGUGGUUGGCAGCCACCUCUUCGUGUCGUGUAUGACGUUCCUGAACCCCCAGUACGAAGGCAGCCUGAUCCCCGCCUACCUGGUGACGCUGCUGAUGGGAGGCUGGGCGUUCUUCUGCGCGGGGGGGUCGCUGCGUAACCUCAAGCUCUGCCUCACCUGCAAAGACAAGGACUUCCUGCUGGCCAAUCACCGGUCCAGAUAGCAUGAAGGAGUCUUGCUGGGACUUUAUCGGUGGCAGAGAGCGAGAGACGCAGGGUGCCGCCCUCCCCUUACCAUUCCUCUGUGCUGUCUGUAGUUUGCUGCGUAGGUAAGCACUGGAAUUACAAUGAUUAUUGUUACUAUUUUGGGGGCGGUGCCACUUUCCCUGAGAGCGGGCUGCAGCCUUGCCCAAACUCCGGUGAUCCUGCUUGGCACUGAGGAGGCUCUCUAGGCCCUGUCAGCCGCCACACUGAUGAAAUCUGCCAGCUGCAGGAAAAACACUGUCGUCUUACCUUUAAAGUCCAUAAAACCUCCUUCACGAUGAUGGUCCGUGGCAUAUUUUACACUCUUACACAAUUGCACACCAACAUGCGAAGACACACAUACUCUUACCUUUUUGUGGGAACGGUACUUGCUGACGCUGCUGUGCCUUCCUCCUCCACCUCGCGUUCGGUCCCCCCCCCCCCCUUAAAUCAUAGCCCCUUUAAGUAGCGGCACCCCCUUGAUGCCCUGCCGCUUGCCCGCUCUCUCCUCUGGCCCCUUGAAACCUCACCCUUUGCGUUUUCGUGACUUUUUUCAGUUUAAACAUGAAGUGGUGACCCACAGUAAUAUAUUUAUGCAUAUUGAUUAAAUGGUUUAAUAUUCUGUGCUUCUUUGUCAUGGUGUUCUUGUGCUGACAUCAUCCCAUCUUUCAUAUUCCUGCUCGCUCACUGUAGCUUUAUCACAUAACCUUGAGUUUUGAUGACAUCCCCCAUUGGGUUCCCGUAACGGCUGGAAGUGAGCCAGACAUGACCCCCCCCCCCCCCCCUUCUCAAUCACAAAAACCUGGCACUUUGAAUUCUGGGUGUGGAGCCAACAGAGAAUUUUUUUUCCCUGCUUUUGAAUUGGCCAAGUAUAAGAGAGAGAUUGAAAUGAAGCCAAUCAGGAAAGUCUGUCGGGAGCAGAAAGGUGACAUCCUCCACAGCCUGCAGUAUUCCUGAAUCGGUAUCUGUACAGUCACUUUUCACGGGCUUUGGGGUCCAGUACAGGAGAACCUGUGCUGACCCGGAAUCCUCAGCGCCUGUAGUCUGCUGUUCAGCAGGCAGGAAGCUAGGCUCCCAUGUCUUCGUCAAACAGCACUUAUUGGGGGGGGGGGGGGGGCAGGCCGCAAUCACCCCUCAUCGCCAUCAUGUCGUCACUGGGGUCUGACCUUUCCCAGAAUGCAACAGGGAAUAAGUAUCAUCUCUCCGAAAUCAGGGAAACCCUCUGCCGUUCUGGGGUCUGCAGGGCUGUCCUCACUGCUUUCCUCUGUCUUGACAUCAUACAUUGGAAAAACUCUGUCUGUAUAUAAUACCGUCAUGCUUAGGAAAUAUGUCAGCUUGUUUUUAUUAUGUUGUUAUAGCAAGUUUAUUUGCAAUGGUGUGGGGGGGGGGUAUGUACUGAUGUUUUCUGGGGGUCCUUGUUUAAAUGAGCCCCCCCAUUUUGGCAAGUCUGCUGUAGCUUUAGUUGUAAUUGGGGGGAAAGCCAAUUAAACAAUUUUGCUGUGGGUACCUGAAGAAA